GAAAGAGAAGCUUACAUACCAAUUGUACCAACGGUUUUGUUCUUUCAAGUGGCCAUAUGUUCAUUUUCAAACCACGAAAAUGGCGUGGCAGUGGGUUGCUACAAGACCAUAUAUGUUGUUGAUCCAUCCAGCAUUGGGAUUUCUGAUGCACAUCCAAAAAAAGCAUCGGGAUUCCUGAUGAUGCCCCUCUAUAAUGAUCUAUUGCAGAAUGGGGUUCUUAGUGAUGAGUUAUGGCUGAAUAUGCAUUACUCACAGAGUACGACUGUGUUAAAGUACAUUUUGUCCAUGACUGGGGGGAUGGUGAAAUUUCAAUGCAUUACUGCCAAGAGUCUGAUCUGA